AGGUGGAGUUUAGACUAUAUUAAUUAAUCAACGGUCUUCACACAAGAGAUUCCAUGUGCUGUGAUUGCAUUGAUGGCUAGCGCUGAUCUGUGUGUGGAUGUCACAGACAAGCGGCAGUUCAGCUACGAUGAGCUAGUUCAGGCACACUUGGCUGGGGCAGUGGAGGGUAUAGUGGAGCUAUACAAUAAGUCCCAGCGACUCACUCAAGUCAACGUCUUCUCAUACCUUAAGCCAGGAGACAACUUUCCCUUCAAGAUCAAUGAGACACUGAAUAUAUACUCACGACUCACGGUCACAGAAGCACAUGAGAGGUUUCCAACACAGUUGUUUGAUGAUCCCCCCAUAAUUGGUCGACAGGCAAUCAUACGGACAGAAAAAGUGGAGUACGGCUAUUGUGAGGUUAGAAGUUGUGAUGACCAGUGCCCUCAAGUUGCCAAUGUUACGCAGUAUCUGUACUUGAAUAACUGGGUGGGUGUGGUUAGAUUAUCAGGUUGUGUCAAGCUUUACCUCAUGCCUUCAUCGACUCUCACUGAUCAUUUAGGCAUGACUUACCCUGAGCACCCAAGAGUUCUCCACGGAAUGUUUGUACGAAAACUGAGAAGAAAUAAACACUCAGCUAACAUAUCGAGUGGAGGAGAUAUAGACUCAGCGGAGCUAGAACCACGCUCAAAAAAGAGGAAGAUAGUGUCAUUUGCUGAAGAUAGCACUCCCAGUCAAGACAACUCCAAAGAGAAAGUUUUAUUGAGUGCAUUUACUGCCACUCCCGUACUCAAACUGACCAAGGAGAAGGUCAAGAUACAAAUCAAGACCCCACCAGACUCUCAUUCUGUUGAAACCCCAGCCUCUAUUACCGUUGAAACCCCUAAACCUAUGACUCAUUUCGUUGAAACCCCAGCCUCUGUUACGACUCAUUCCGUUGAAACCCCUAAACCUAUGACUCAUUCCGUUGAAACCCCUGAACCAGGAGAGGUCAUUGAAGUGUGUGAGGGGUUAAUAGGGGAAGAAGAAGCGCCCGAGUUGCUGCUAUUGGAGACGGCUGAACGACCAAUCAAAUCACGAGUUAGUUUAGCAGAGUACAAAAGACGUCGUUCGACUACCGAUGAUCGAGGAGGGGUCAAUAGGAAAGAAGAUGAUACUGUAACAGAAACUGAUAAAGAAAAAACUCCAUCCCUUCAAGUACAUGUACCUCUCACGUCUGAAAGGUACAAUUUGACUACUGAUGAUCGAGGGGUGGUCACUGAGAGCGAUAAUAAUACAGAGACGAAAAAAGAACUCAUUGAACGUUCUCCUACUACCGAUGAUGGGGGGAUGGUCACUAAUAGGAGAAAUGGUACAGAAACUAACAAAGAACAAGAUCCACCCAUUAAAGUUACUCCUACUGCCGAUGAUGGUGGGAUGGUCACUAUGAGGGAAACUUUUACAGAGACUGAUAAAGGCAAGACUGCACCCAUUGAAACAUCUCUUGCUCACAGUACAUGUACAUACCAUUUGACAACUGAUGAUCGAGGGGCGGUCAAUAAGAGGGCAAAUGAUAAAGCUCCUCCCAUUGAAGCCAUUGAAGUUACUGCACCACUUACUCGUCAUUCUACUGCUGAUGAUGGAGAGCGAGUCGAUAAAAGGGACGAUACUGAAAAUGAUAACGGUCCACUCAAUAAAGUACCUCUCACGUCUGAGGUGAAGCAAACAAUUGUCAUUCCUGAUUCAAGACUGAUAACCGACACUACUGUUUCCAUCUCAAAAACCGAUUCCAGUGCAAGUGUUUCUGACUCUACCGUAACAGUUUCUGACACUACUCGAGCAUCAGCUCUCUCUGUUUCCACGCCAAAGACCGAUUCUGUUUUUGAUUCUAUAUUAACAGCUUCUGAUAUUACUAACAUAUUACUAACAGCUUCUGAUAUUUCUCUACUUAAAACUCUGUCUAGUCUUUCCGAACCAGGUUUAAAAACACCGACUUAUCCCACCACCACAGUCAGUGCAGCGAGUAGCACCUCGUUAACCAUAUCCACUCAGUCGUCACCCAUACUAGACACCGAAUCACCACUCAUGAAGCCAUCAACACAGAGCCACUCGUCUCAAGAGUUGAUCACUGAUGUCAAGUUUGAUGACAAUAAAAAACCAUCCUCAUUUGACAAAUCACCUGUCACUACCGUUUCCUCGAACUCUGUAACUCCACCACUUCAUACACUCACGCCUGCUACUCCAGCUCCCCCGAUUGUGGCUUCCUUGGCAGAGCCCCCACCCCCGGCUGCACCUAUCAUACCACCACAGUACUUUUAUCAUCAAAAUCCAUGGUUAAUGGAGUCUAGGAUGAUUGGAACCCCACACAACUUUUUCCGCCCGCCCCAAAUGGACGUACCUCGUCCUCCUGUUGCAUUUCCUGCUGCUGCACCUCCAUCUCUUGGCCGAUAUUUUCCGAGUGAUAUGUUCUCAACGUUUAACCGAUACCCUGUAGAUGACAUACUAAGAUUGCCACGGCGAUCAAAGAGGCGCUCUCGGAGCAGGUCGUCCAGUCGCAGUAGAAGUCGCAGUCGAUCAAGGUCCACUUCCCGUUCCCGUUCCAACCACUCUGAUACCAAUACAGUGGAAGCUAGUAAACAGUUUAUGUCAAAAGUCAUUAGCAACUUAAUGAAAACCCAUUCCGAGAACAACGAAGAAAAAAUGGACGCUGCUACCCAAACAGUAGUUAAAACCACAUCUAGACGAUUGCAAGCUGGGCAGGGUUUCAAAUUGAUGAGUGUACGCUCUCAAACGUCAAACCAUACGCAUUCACAAAGUGUUCAGUGUAAAAUUGACCCUAAGGUGAUGAAUAGACGUGUACAAACGGAUGGUCUACCUAUGUCUGACAACUACACACAGACGUAUAUUCGAAUGAAGGACAAUAGUUGUCAGACGAAACGUAGCGGAAAUUCUAGAGAAACAGUUGUUGAAUACAACAAAACACUAGAGGAAACGAUCGGUGUUUGUGAUGACAGUGAUGUUGCUGAGAUUUGUAGGGACUCUUUGACAGAACUAAUGCUGGAGUUGGGGUUUAACAGUGACGAUGGCUCAGACUACGACACUGCUAGUAUGUCUGUGAGCAGUAUAGAUUCUGACAUUGAAAGGCAGCCAUCUCCCAUGUUCUCAGGAGCCUCUAACAUCAGUGAGGGGGAGCUAUUUGACGAUAGCCUUGUAAAUGAACUAUACUCUCCAUCACACCCUCUAGACGACCUCGUAUCGCCUGGUAAUAGUGUUACAAUGAUGACAGCAGGAGUUGUACUGCCCAUUUUAGAUGCUGAAACCAUUCAACCCCCUAUUGACAAUGACAAUGACACAGCGCCAUCACGUGUCCUGAUUCCGUUCCUGGAGCAUCUUCAUCAGCCUCCCAUUCCACAAUCUGUAAUCCCUGGUCUUGGUACUGAACCCAGUCAACCUGCACGUCCCUCUACUGACAAUGGCACAGCUCCAUCGCCUGUCGUCAUGGAGCACCUUCAUCAGCCUCCCAUUCUACAACUAAUCCCUGGUCUUGAUGCUGGACCUAGUCAACCCUCUACUGACAAUGACGGCUCGUCCCGUGUCCUGAUUCCAUUUCUGGAGCACCUUCAUCAGCCUCCUAUUGCACACUCAACAAUCCCCAGUCUUGAUGCUGAACCCAGUCAAUCCUCUACUGACAAUGACGGCUCGUCUCGUGUCCUGAUUCCAUUUCUGGAGCACCUUCAUCAGCCUCCCAUUCCACGUUCCGUAAUCCCUGGUCUGGAUGCUAGUCAACCUGCACAUCCCUCUACUGACAAUGACAAUGACACAUUCCCAUCACGUGUGCCAAUUCCUUUCCUGGAGCACCUUCAUCAGCCUCCCAUUCCACAUUCCCCAUUCCCAGCCCCACCCCCACUACCUCCAAGCCACUCCCCCUCCGAGUUCGAAUCAGAGGAGCUCCCCGAAAAAGGCUCACAAAGCAGUUGUAACAGCUCUAGUUCGAGCACCAGUAGUUCCACCUCCAACAAUAGUACUCCAAGGUCAAGUCCCGAGCCACCUGAAAGUGGUGGCAUGACACAGACAGGAGGAGGUAGUCACUUUCGAUCAUCAUAUGGUUCAAAGUCACCACAUAACUCUAAGGAUAAACGAUCGCCUCGAAAACAAAGUCCAGCAGACCAUGAACCCAGCAAAACAGAAUGUGUUGACAGUGUUUUCAUUGAAGCUGAGAACAAAAAUGAUCAUAAAGCUUUGCAAACUACUUAUGCUCCACUGAACCGUAUUGAACCAAAAUUGAAAAGUGAAACACCACGCACCGUCUCUCCUAUGCCCAACUUUGUAUGGCUAUGUAGCCCCAGAGAAAAAAGUGUGCCUACCAAGUUGCGUGGAGACAGCGAGUCCCCUCCCAAGACCUCAGUAAACACAUCUGACAAAGAGUCGAGUCCACUGUACGAUGCAGCCAUCUCCAUCCAACUGAAGUCCUCUGCUGAGUUAAAUUUUGAGAAUCCCCCAAUAACUACCCCCAAAAAGCCCUCUCUUACUGCUGCUCAGCUGCUGGCCAAGGCUAGGGCUAAAAGAUCGAGCCCAGAGGACAGAGAAACCAAAUACCCUAAGAAGAGUUUCGACACGAAACCAUCUAGUAUUUUUCAUCGAAAAGAGAGAACCAAUUCAGAGCAUAGAAGUGCUGGCUCGAGGAGUGGUAUUGAUAUGCAGCAGUUGAUGGCUAACUUUCAUCAACACAUGCACAAGAGAAGCUCGAGGUCGAGGGGAUCUUCUUUUAGCAGAAUCCAUUCCUAUCCCCCCACGCAUCGUCCAAAUCCCGAGCUUGGUACAUCACUGAGUCGCUCCAUGCCCUCAAUUGUACAGCAAGUCACACCAAACCAGCAACAAAUUACACCCUCCAGGAGAAUUGAAAACAGUUCUGGGUCAUCAACUCAAGGACAAUCAUUACUGUCACGUGACAAACAGCCAAAACCAUGUGACCAAUCAUAUGUAUUUACUCCCAGGAAUCUAGCCAGUGGCUUCUUUGGCCCUGCCCUACCCAUGGAUAUGUGUGACCACUCAAAAAACUCAGACUCAAGUUCGCCUGAAGAAUUGCAUGGCAGGAAUGAAACCAGUGACUUCUAUGGCCCUGCCCUCCCCAUGGAUAGUAUGUAUGACCGCCCUAAAAACUACUCAAGUUCCCCUGAAGUGCUGCGUGGAAGCCAAGAUCGAGCACCGUUUAUUAACACUCCAGUCAAUAGUCCUAUAAUGCCAUCACCAUUACACUGUCCUAGCCUGCAUUCAGCAGUGAACUCUGGGUGUGAUCGCACCCUCAAUAUUGCUUUUCCAGCGAAAACGACAAUUAAAAAUGCAGAUUCUGAGGACACAGUAUCAAUAAAUGAACGUGCAGGCACCUGUUUUGAAGGUACCGACUCUGAAGGCACAGUUUCAGUUCACUCAAUGGAGCACACCGGGGACUCUAAUGACAAUCCCCUCUCAAAACUGAGCGUUUCUCCAGAGAAUAAUGGAAAAGACAUCCAUCGGACAGAGGAGCAACCAUCAGUAAAAGUACAGGACAUGGAGAUUGCUACAUUAGAAGAAAGCUCUGCUGUAGAAGACGUCCUGAUAGUCAGUGCCCAUGGAGAAUCAAUCCCUAAUCCAUCAACAGAUGCUGUGGAGGCUGGCAGAAACAAAGCAGUGUCUGAAAUUCUCUCACCAAUGGAAGAGCUUCGAGAACUACAAAAACAACCUUUAGAGGUCACAGAAAUGUUAACGGAAAUUAUUCAAAGACAUCAAAUCCCACCUGCUAUGGAAAUAAACAAGGUACAAUGUGAGUCAUACAAUUCUAUACCAACUGAGAAGGGAGAGUCCACGUCUUUUGCACAGACAAAUCAACAAGAGAUGAAUGUGGAAUCAACACCAGCAAUAACAGAAGUACCGCUUUAUGAGUUUGAAACCUCCAUGAAUAGCUUGCCUGUUGAGAUUGAAAAAGAACAAAUUACGAAACAAGCUAAUCCUGUACCUGUGCUGCGACACGUGGUCCCUAGUGUAGCACUCCCAGAAGAGGAAAGUAUUCGAGAAGCUGACAUGGAAAAGCCGGUAACUAUCGUGUGUGGCACAGGAACAGUCCAACUCACUAUAGAAUCACCUUUCAAGAACACUGCCGAACAAAAGCUACCUAUAGAGGGCGAUAUAGAUAGCACAAUUCUCAUAACGAAGAAGCCAUCAAUGAGUGCACAGCACAUGGGGAUCAUUAAAUGUACGUUAGAAGAAAGAACUGCUGUAGAAGAUUGCCCAAGAGUCAGUGUUCAAAGAGACACAUAUACUUCUCUAGCGAAGACCUUUAUUGACAAUGCAGAUUCUGAGGACACAAUGUCAAUAGAUGACACCUGUUUUGAAGGUACAGACUCUGAAGGCACAGUUUCUGUUCCGUCAAUGGAUGAUCUAGCGCACACCGGAGACUCAAAUGACAAUCCUCUCUCAAAACAGAACAUUUCCGACGGAGAAGAGCAACCAUCAAUAAAAGCACUGCACAUGGAUAUUGCUACGUUAGAAGAAAGAACUGCUGUAGAAGAUUUCCCAAGAGCCAGUGUUCAAAGAGACACAUGCACCACUUCUCUAGCGAAAACGACAACCUUUGUUGACAUUACGGAUUCUGAGGACACAAUAUCAAUAGAUAAACGUGCAGACACCUGUUUUGAAGGUACAUACUCCAAAGGCACAGUUUCUGUUCAGUCAAUGGAUGAUCUAGCGCACACCGGUGACUCAAAUGACAAUCCCCUCUCAAAACAGAACGUUUUCCCAGAGGAUGACGGAGAAGAGCAACCAUCAAUAAAAGCACAGCACAUGGAUAUUGCUACAUUAGAAGAAGGAUUUGCUGUAGAAGAUUUCCCAAGAGCCAGUGUUCAAAGAGACACAUGCACCACUUCUCUAGCGAAAACGACAACCUUUGUUAACAUUACGGAUUCUGAGGACACAAUAUCAAUAGAUAAAUGUGCAGACGUCUGUUUUGAAGGUACAGACUCUGAAGGCCCGGUUUCUGUUCAGUCAAUGGAUGAUCUAGCGCACACCGGUGACUCAAAUGACAAUCCCCUCUCAAAACAGAACGUUUCCCCAGAGGAUGACGGAGAAGAGCAACCAUCAAUAAAAGCACAGCACAUUGAGAUGGCUACAUUAGAACAAAGCACUGCUGUAGAAGACGUCCUGAUAGUCAGUGCCCAUAGAGAAUCAAUCCCUAAUCCAUCCACAGAUUCAGUGGAGGCUGACAGAAACAAAGAAGUGUCUGAAAUUCUCUCACCAUUGGAAGAGCAACUACAGGAACAAUCUUUAGAGGUCCCUAAUAGCUCAUCCACAAUUUUAACGGAAAUUGUUCAAAAACAUCAAAUCCAAUCUGCUAUGGCAACAAACAAGAUACAAUGUGAUUCUUUAGCAACUGAAAGGGAAGAGUGCACGUCUUUUGCACAGACAAAUCAACAAGAGAUGAAUGUGGAAUCUACACCAGAAAUACCGCUUUAUGAGUUCGAAACCUCCAUGAAAAGCUUGCCUGUUGAGAUUGAAAAAGAACAAAUUGCGAAAGAAGCUAAUCCUGUACCAGUGGCUUCUGUUCAUUGGGAACCUGUGCUGCAACACGUGGCCCCUAGUGUAGCACUCCCAGAAGAGGAAAGUAUUCGAGAAGCUGACAUGGAAAAGCCGAUAACUACUGUGUGUAGCACAGGAACAGUCCAACUCACUAUAGAACCACGUUUCAAGAACACUGCAGAACAAGAACUAGCUAUAAAGUGCGAUAUAGACAGCGCAAUUCUCAUAAAUGCACUGCACAUGGAGAUCGUUAAAUGUACAUUAGAAGAAAGAACUGCUGUAGAAGAUUGCCCAAGAGUCAGUGUUCAAAGAGACACAUAUACUUCUCUAGCAAAGACCUUUAUUGACGAUGCGGAUUCUGAGGACACAAUAUCAAUAGAUGAACGUGCAGACGUCUGUUUUGAAGGUACAGACUCUGAAGGCACAGUUUCUGUUCAGUCAAUGGAUGAUCUAGCGCACACCGGGGACUCAAAUGACAAUCUUCUCUCACAACAGAACAUUUCCGACGGAGAAGAGCAACCAUCAAUAAAAGCUCAGCACAUAGAUAUUGCUACAUUAGAAGAAAGAACUGCUGUAGAAGAUUUCCCAAGAGUCAGUGUUCAAAGAGACACUUACAUCACUUCUCUAGCGGAAACGACAACCUUUGUUGACAAUGCGGAUUCUGAAGACACAAUAUCAAUAGAUGAACGUGCAGACACCUGUUUUGAAGGUACAGACUCUGAAGGCACAGUUUCAGUUCAGUCAAUGGAUGAUCUAGCGCGCACCGGGGAUUCAAAUGACAAUCCCCUCUCAAAACAAAACAUUUACCCAGAGGAUGACGGAGAAGAGCAACUAUCAAUAAAAGCACAGCACAUGGAGAUGGCUAUGUUAGAACAAAGCACUGCUGUAGAAGACGUCCUGAUAGUCAGUGCCCAUGGAGAAUCAAUCCCUAAUCCAUCCACAGAUUCUGUGGAGGCUGGCAGAAACAAAAAAGUGUCUGAAAUUCUCUCACUAUUGGAAGACCAACUACAGGAACAAUCUUUAGAGAUCCCUAAAGAAAGCUCGUUCACAGAAGUUUUAACGGAAAUUGUUCAAAAACAUCAAAUCCCAUCUGCUAUGGAAACAAACAAGGUACAAUGUGAGUCGUACAAUUCUUUAGCAACUGAAAGGGGAGAGUCCACGUCUCUUGCACAGACAAAUCAACAAGAUAUAAAUGUGGAGUCUAUAUAUGUACCAGCAAUAGCAGAAAUACCGCUUCAUGAGUUCGAAACCUCCAUGAAAAGCUUGCCUGUAGAGAUUGAAAAAGAACAAAUUGCGAAAGAAGCUAAUUCUGUACCAGUGGCUUCUGUUCAUUGGGAACCUGUGCUGCCACACGUGGCCCCUAGUGUAUCACUCCCAGAAGAGGAAAGUACUCGAGAAGCUGACAUGGAAAAGCCGAUAACUACUGUGUGUAGCACAGGAACAGUCCAACUCACUAUAGAACCACGUUUCAAGAACACUGCAGAACAAGAACUACCUAUAGAGGGCGAUAUAGACAGUGAAGUUCUCAUAAAUGCACAGCACAUGGAGAUUGUUAAAUGUACGUUAGAAGAAAGAACUGCUGUAGAAGAUUGCCCAAGAGUCAGUGUUCAAAGAGACACAUAUACUUCUCUAGCGAAGACCUUUAUUGAUAAUGCGGAUUCUGAAGACACAAUAUCAAUAGGUGAAUGUGCAGACAUCUGUUUUGAAGGUACAGACUCUGAAGGCACAGUUUCUGUUCAGUCAAUGGAUGAUCUAGCGUACUCAAAUGACAAUCCCCUCUCAAAACAGAAUAUUUAUCCAGAGGAUGAUGGAAAAGAUAUCCAGCAGACAGAGGAGCAACCAUCAAUAAAAACACAGCACAUGGAGAUUGCUACGUUAGAACAAAGCACUGCUGUAGAAGACAUCCUGAUAGUCAGUGCCCAUGGAGAAUCAAUCCCUAAUCCAUCCAUAGAUUCUGUGGAGGCUGGCAGAAACAGAGCAGUGUCUGAAAUUCUCUCACCAAUAGAAGAGAUCGCUAAAGAAAGCUCGUGCACAGAAAUGUUAACGGAAAUUGUUCAAAAACAUCCAGUUAUGGAAACAAACAAGAUACAAUGUGAGUCAUACAAUUCUUUAGCAACUGAGAGGGGAGAGUGCACGUCUCUUGCACAGACAAAUCAACAAGAGAUGAAUGUGGAAUCAACACCAGAAAUACCGCUUUAUGAGUUCGAAACCUCCAUAAAAAGCUUGCCUGUUGAGAUUGAAAAAGAACAAAUUGCAAAAGAAGCUAGUCCUGUACCAGUAACUCCUAUUCAAUGGGAACCAGUGUUGCCACACUUGGCCCCUAUUGUAGCACUCCCAGAAGAGGAAAGUAUUCGAGAAGCUGACAUGGAAAAGCCGAUAACUACUGUGUGUAGCACAGGAACAGUCCAACUCACUAUAGAACCACCUUUCAAGAACACUGCAGAACAAGAACUACCUAUAGAGGGCGAUAUAGACAGCGCAAUUCUCAUAACAAAGCAGCCAUCAAUGAAUGCACAGCACAUGAAAUAUACGUUAGAAGAAAGCACUAUUUUGAAAGAUUUCCCAAUAGUCAGUAUUCAAAGAGACACACAUACCACUUCUCUAGGGACAAUGACAAACUAUGUUGACAAUGCAGGCUCUGAAGACACUAAUUCAAUAGAUAAACAGUUAGCCAUCUGUUUUGGAGAGGACAAUUCUGAAGGCACAGUUUCAGUUCAGUCAAUCGAUGAUCUAGCGCGCACCGGGGACUCAAAUGACAAUCCCCUCUCAGAACAGAUCAUAUCUCCAGAGGAUGAUGGAAAAGACAUUUCAGUGAAUGCACAGCACAUGGAGAUUGCUACACUAGAAGAAAGUACUGCUGUAGAAGACAGGACGAUACUCAGUGCCCAUGGAGAAUCAAUCCCUAAUCCAUCCACAGAUUCUGUGGAGGCUGGCGGAAACAAAGAAAUGUCUAAAAUUCACUCAUCAAUAGAAGAGUUUCGAGAACUACAGGAACAAUCUUUAGAGGACCCUAAAGAAAGCUUGUCUACAGAAAUGUUAACGAAAAUUGUUCAACAAAAUCAAAUCCCAUCUGUACAAUAUGAGUCGUACGAUACUCUAGCAACAAAAUCCAUAUCUUUUGCACAGACAAUUGAAUCAACACCAUCAGUAACAGAAAAAAAACUUCGUGAGUUCGAAACCUUAAUGAAAAGCUUGCCUGUAGAGAUUGAAAAAGAACAAAGUGCGAAAGAAGCUAAUUCUGUACCAAUGGCUUCUGUUCAUUGGGAACCUGUGCUGCCACACAUGGCCCCUAGUGUAGCACUCCCAGAAGAGGAAAGUACUCGAGAAGCUGACAUGGAAAAGCCGAUAACUACAGUGUGUGGCACAGGAACAGUCCUCACUAUAGAACCACGUUUCAAGAACACUGCAGAACAAGAACUACCUAUAGAGGGCGAUAUAGACAGUGAAGUUCUCAUAAAUGCACAGCACAUGGAGAUUGUUAAAUGUACGUUAGAAGAAAGAACUGCUGUAGAAGAUUGCCCAAGAGUCAGUGUUCAAAGAGACACAUAUACUUCUCUAGCGAAGACCUUUAUUGAUAAUGCGGAUUCUGAAGACACAAUAUCAAUAGGUGAAUGUGCAGACAUCUGUUUUGAAGGUACAGACUCUGAAGGCACAGUUUCUGUUCAGUCAAUGGAUGAUCUAGCGUACUCAAAUGACAAUCCCCUCUCAAAACAGAAUAUUUAUCCAGAGGAUGAUGGAAAAGAUAUCCAGCAGACAGAGGAGCAACCAUCAAUAAAAACACAGCACAUGGAGAUUGCUACGUUAGAACAAAGCACUGCUGUAGAAGACAUCCUGAUAGUCAGUGCCCAUGGAGAAUCAAUCCCUAAUCCAUCCAUAGAUUCUGUGGAGGCUGGCAGAAACAGAGCAGUGUCUGAAAUUCUCUCACCAAUAGAAGAGAUCGCUAAAGAAAGCUCGUGCACAGAAAUGUUAACGGAAAUUGUUCAAAAACAUCCAGUUAUGGAAACAAACAAGAUACAAUGUGAGUCAUACAAUUCUUUAGCAACUGAGAGGGGAGAGUGCACGUCUCUUGCACAGACAAAUCAACAAGAGAUGAAUGUGGAAUCAACACCAGAAAUACCGCUUUAUGAGUUCGAAACCUCCAUAAAAAGCUUGCCUGUUGAGAUUGAAAAAGAACAAAUUGCAAAAGAAGCUAGUCCUGUACCAGUAACUCCUAUUCAAUGGGAACCAGUGUUGCCACACUUGGCCCCUAUUGUAGCACUCCCAGAAGAGGAAAGUAUUCGAGAAGCUGACAUGGAAAAGCCGAUAUCUACUGUGUGUAGCACAGGAACAGUCCAACUCACUAUAGAACCACCUUUCAAGAACACUGCAGAACAAGAACUACCUAUAGAGGGCGAUAUAGACAGCGCAAUUCUCAUAACAAAGCAGCCAUCAAUGAAUGCACAGCACAUGAAAUAUACGUUAGAAGAAAGCACUAUUUUGAAAGAUUUCCCAAUAGUCAGUAUUCAAAGAGACACACAUACCACUUCUCUAGGGACAAUGACAAACUAUGUUGACAAUGCAGGCUCUGAAGACACUAAUUCAAUAGAUAAACAGUUAGCCAUCUGUUUUGGAGAGGACAAUUCUGAAGGCACAGUUUCAGUUCAGUCAAUCGAUGAUCUAGCGCGCACCGGGGACUCAAAUGACAAUCCCCUCUCAGAACAGAUCAUAUCUCCAGAGGAUGAUGGAAAAGACAUUUCAGUGAAUGCACAGCACAUGGAGAUUGCUACACUAGAAGAAAGUACUGCUGUAGAAGACAGGACGAUACUCAGUGCCCAUGGAGAAUCAAUCCCUAAUCCAUCCACAGAUUCUGUGGAGGCUGGCGGAAACAAAGAAAUGUCUAAAAUUCACUCAUCAAUAGAAGAGUUUCGAGAACUACAGGAACAAUCUUUAGAGGACCCUAAAGAAAGCUUGUCUACAGAAAUGUUAACGAAAAUUGUUCAACAAAAUCAAAUCCCAUCUGUACAAUAUGAGUCGUACGAUACUCUAGCAACAAAAUCCAUAUCUUUUGCACAGACAAUUGAAUCAACACCAUCAGUAACAGAAAAAAAACUUCGUGAGUUCGAAACCUUAAUGAAAAGCUUGCCUGUAGAGAUUGAAAAAGAACAAAGUGCGAAAGAAGCUAAUUCUGUACCAAUGGCUUCUGUUCAUUGGGAACCUGUGCUGCCACACAUGGCCCCUAGUGUAGCACUCCCAGAAGAGGAAAGUACUCGAGAAGCUGACAUGGAAAAGCCGAUAACUACUGUGUGUAGCACAGGAACAGUCCAACUCACUAUAGAACCACCUUUCAAGAACACUGCAGAACAAGAACUAGCUAUAGAGGGCGAUAUAGAUAGCACAUUUCUCAUAGAAUCUAAUCUAGUGUCUCCCGUUCAAGUGCAAUCAAUUUCAUCACCAUGCGAAGCUCCAAUUAAACUUUCUACCACAUCAUCUCAAGUUCUGUCUGAGCAGAGUAAAAUAGAAACUGACAGUAGUGUACAAAUGAUGUGUGAUGCAAAAACAAUUAAACUCAGUGACACAAGAGAACAACUAGUCAUGGAAGAAGCCUUUGCAUCAGAACCUGCAUGUAUCGAACUCGAAUGUGAACAAAGUUCAUCAAAAGAGAGAAUUUUGGAGGCUGAAAUACAACACGAGUCUACUUUAUUACCAACUACAAGUACGGAUACUGCUGCAGCUGAUGAGAAAGAAAGCAAAAUUGAAUAUCUUGAGGGAAGUACAAACGAGUUUUCAGCUGACCCAGUAGUCACUGAACAACUAGCUUCAAGCGGUGAAACUGAUCAUGAAGUUAACAAACAACUUUCAGAGAUAAACACAGCAGUAUUGAACAAAAACGAAUUGAUUCCGGCUUCUCCCAUUGGAUCACUUACAAAAGAACCUGAGCAACCAUCUGAGGUAUAUGUGAAUGAUUAUAAUAUUUCGUUUUCCGAUAAAGAUUUCGAAUUGUGUCAUCACAGCAAUAAUGAUCACAUAACGGAAGUUACAGUGGAUCUUCCAAAUGACACAUCAUGGGACACUAACAUUUUGCUUACUUCUGAGCAUGUGGUAAGUAAAAAGGAUCGAAUAACACGGAGAAGCUCAGGCAGACAAAGGAAAAUAUCAACAAAAUACAAGGACUCAUGGCUAUUCACCAAAGAUAAAGACAACUCUAUCACUUUGCCUCAACAGAAGCGUAAAACUACUACGGCUCAUCUUGGUACCAAAUCGCCUGUGUCUACUAGUACUGUCGAGGACCUGCUCCCACUUGUCACCCGUUCACCACUCAUCACUCAACUAAAGCCUGAAACUACACAUUAUCAAUAUGAUCCGACCCAGUGUGUUGAUACAGAUGGUAUGUGUACUGCUGAUACAUUGACAUCUAUGCAGGGAGAUUAUUAUUCCCAGCCUAGUCCGAAGUCAAAACGUUCCAAACUAACUUCUCUGUCUGAUGGCAUUCCUAUUCACAAUAAACCAUCUCACCUGACUAUUGACACCCCUGUACAGUCAAAAUCAAGUGAUGUGCCGAAGUCAAAACAUUCCAAACCAACUUCUCUGUCUGAUGGCAUUCCUAUUCACAAUAAACCACCUCACCUGACUAUUGACACCCCUGUACAGUCAAAAUCAAGUGAUGUGCCGAAGUCAAAACGUUCCAAACCAACUUCUCUGUCUGAUGGCAUUCCUAUUCACAAUAAACCACCUCACCUGACUAUUGACACCCCUGUGCAGUCAAAAUCAAGUGAUGUGCCGAAGUCAAAACGUUCCAAACCAACUUCUCUGUCUGAUGGCGUUCCUAUUCACAAUAAACCAUCUCACCUGACUAUUGACACCCCUGUACAGUCAAAAUCAAGUGAUGUGCCGAAGUCAAAACGUUCCAAACCAACUUCUCUGUCUGAUGGCAUUCCUAUUCACAAUAAACCAUCUCACCUGACUAUUGACACCCCUGUACAGUCAAAAUCAAGUGAUGUGCCGAAGUCAAAACGUUCCAAACCAACUUCUCUGUCUGAUGGCAUUCCUAUUCACAAUAAACCACCUCACCUGACUAUUGACACCCCUGUGCAGUCAAAAUCAAGUGAUGUGCCCACACCUCUAUUGUCAACUCACCACAAGCAGUGCUCCCAAACACGUCCACUGCUUACACAUACCGCCCCCACAUCUCCCCCCUCUUCUCGUGCCACCAUUGCUCAGCAAAAACCAAAGCUCAACAAAACAACUGUGAAACAGACGGUUCCUUUUUCUGCCAAAAUGUCCCUGAGUCAUUUUAGGCACUUGCGUUCAAUUUCCCCCAAACUUCCACCCAGCACUGAACCAACGUGUGAAAUUACACAUCGUCAAUGUGAUCCGAGAAUCAAGUCCCAGCGUAGUGAUUCGUGUACUACUGAACAGUCGAAACGCAUAGAUGGUCCUGCUAGUAUACCAGUACAGGUGAAGUGCUGCAGCAAUGAAAAGCUUUCCAAACCAACUACACAAUAUACUUCCCAGUUUAAAUCUAACAAUAUGCCCCAGCCUGUUCCCACAUCUCCACUGUCUGUACACAACUCCUACCUGACAGGAACGAUUGUGAAGAAUGCAGAGUCAAACCAACUGUGCCUGAUCAUUACUAGGAAGAAGCCUUCAGUUCAACCAGCUGCUGUCAAGAAAAAAGUAAUAUCUAACUCCAGUGAGCUGCAAACCAUCAAUGUUCCAGACAGCAAUUCAACUAUUAGUACGAAACAGAGUGUUUCGGUUGACUCACUACCUAUGCAACAAGGCAACUCUAAAGUAGAGUGUGAAAUAGAGAAAUCGUCUAGUGAGAUAGUUGCUACCGUUUCAGCUAACGAAAAUGAUGGCAAUGUGGAAUAUGUUUCCAUAGUGAAUCAUGAUUCUACUGACAAAAUGUCAAUAACUUCACAAAUGUCAGUAACUGAAUCCAACUUCGAAAAAACAGAAAGUUCAACUGUUAUCAACCAUAAAGUGCAAGUAGAUACAUCUACCAAAGUUAAGAGCUCAACACAAGAAAUUAGUAACGUAGAAGUACAUGUACCUAUGAACACUGCUUAUGCUGACUUCAAGGACACGCCUAGCGCUGUGAUGCACGAGCAGACAAGUAAUGCCAAGAUAAUUAAUGAACGUGCAAACACACGAAGUGAACUGUUUGCCCCUGCACGCCCUCUGCUAGUCUCACGUCCACGUUACCAUCCCUAUUACCGCCACCAUCCCAGUUCCUCCUAUGGGUCCACAUACCCUGCUUAAAAGAAACCAAAAGACUCCACUAUUACAUUGUUUGGAUCGAGCAGCUUUUCUAAUUAAUUUUGGUUCGAACUCUUUGAACUAUUGAGACGAUUAAGAAUUAUAACCCCGAACUGACUUGUCGAUCUACUGUGAUGUUGGUUUGUUAGCCAAUAAUUUAUGUGUUGUAAUCACUGAGCUUGCAUGAUUGUAUAAUAAAUUAUUUUCCUAUCAAA